GGAAAUCCCAAAACUUCCCGCCGAUUUCUCUAAUACCACAUAUUUCCUCUUGUGCAAAACUACCUUUAAAUUUCACAACAUGGCGUCUUCUAUCGGUAAUGCAGACUCAUAAAGUCCAUUCUUCAAAUGACAGUUUGGUGUGCACGCGAUAUGUACCGAAUUACGAUUUCUUGUCUGAUCAGAUAAAUGUAUUCAAACGUUUAUAUCUGGCGCAUAGUUAUAGCAAACACAGUGCCUUUCGGAUAAAAGUUCUAGUGAAAAGUGUCGCUUUUAUUUCCGUUAAAACGCGGUUUGAAAAUCUAAAGCCGCGUCGUCACCGAAGAUCACCCUUCCCCCGAACGGUCAAUUCUCGCGUGACGCCAUAGCCGCGAAGAAAACAAACCAAAACGACCGGACAAAAGCCGCGCAAGCAGCAUUAUGACGCGUCGUUGCAUAAUCGAAGGUUGCGCGUCAAAAUCAGGCAAUCCACAACAUCGCGGCGUCACAUUUCACUCAUUUCCAUUUGAUUCAAAAACUCGUGAAGUUUGGCUGGUGAACUGUCGAAUAAAUCCCGAGAAAAAUAUCACAAAAAGUGUUCUAGUGUGUUCGCGACAUUUUCGUCGAGCCGAUUUUCAGCCGGCCAAGUCGAAUAAGUAUCUCUUGAAACAGGGAGCGGUUCCGACGAUUUUUCCGUGGGGAAAGUUUCCGCCGCCUGCUCAGACGACGACGACUGCUGCAAGUGAGGCGGCGCCGCAAAUUGCGCUACAGAACGAUAUGGAGGUUUCUGCCACUGAUACGAACGAGAGCUUUGGAAGCGCAGAACAGGGCGAUCAGGUCGAGAAGACUGCCCUGAAGCGAUCCUCGCAAGACUCUUCACUGCCGUCAGACGCGAAGCUGUCGAAACUGAACAGCCCGGUUGCUGCGCCGACCACUUCACAAGACAUACAAAACCUUGUUCCGAUGGGUACGAUACCGGCGGCCGCUGGAGGCCGCAAGUCAGAGACGGUGUCUGGAUUUGUACCCGGUGUUCGUCUGGAGGCGCAAGAUUUCGACGGUAUUUGGCACACCGCUCGUGUAAUGGAAGUGGACAGCGACGAGCGCGAGGUUUUGAUACGAUUCGAGAAGAGCGGCAAGUCCAAAGGUCCCACGGGUGCCGAGGAAUGGAUACCAAUGAACAGCAGCCGAUUGCGGCAGAAAGCGUCCGCGGCGAGCAAGCUGCCGAACGUAUUCGUGCUGGGGGAGAAGUGUCUGGCUCGCUGGAGUGGCGCCCGCAGAUUUCCGGCCACCGUGCAAAAGGUUCUCGGCAAUGAUAUGUAUGAAAUCCUGUUCGACGACGGCUACAUGAAAGUGUUGAAAAGUGCUCACAUCAGCAAACUGAAAAUACCGGUUGGAAAGAGCCAAUCACCGUCUACAUCAGCAAGCCCUGCCCCUCACAAACCAAUAGCCAAUUCUACCCCAGACAAGUCGAAAAUUAAGGCACAGGCGGCGAAGAAGGAUUGGCCACUAAUUUCCAUGAGUUCGUUGAAUCUCGCGGAGCUCAAUCUGCCCGAGAUUCCGAAGGACGGUGAGUGGUGCUGCCACUGGGUAAACGACCAGCCAAUAGGCCGCGAGGGAUUCCUGACCGUAGGCGACCACAAAAAGCCAACAGUCAUCGUAGACGAUUGGCGACUGCCGCCUGGGUGGACGAAACACAUGUACCAACGCUCGAAUGUCCUAGGCAAGUGGGAUGUGAUCCUGGUCAAUUCGAACAACAAACGCUUCCGCUCCAAGGCGGAUCUCAAGCAAUAUAUUGAAGACUUGGGACAACAUUACAAUCCCGACGUCUACGACUUCAGCAUACAUCGAAGGCGGGCAAAAGACAUUGGAGCUUAUGUUUAUACUAAAGAUUACAAACCUCCCCAACCGGUGAAGCCACCACCUCCACCCUUGGAACCCCUUCCGCCACUACAACCGCAAAGUCUUAUGCAUAACGCUGGACAGCAGAAUUCCAGCAUCCAAUCGCUGCUGUCAACGUCGUCUCCGCCCUUGUUUGAACCGACUUCAGGUAAAGGCGGCGAAGACGAGUCCAUGCAGUUAGAGGAUGGUUACGUUUACGUUGGCUCCUUGAAAGUCCGAAUCAUUGACAACCUCUUCCGCUGCCCCAAAGAGAACUGCAACAAAAAUUUCCGGAAAGAGAAUCACUUGCAGAUCCACAUCAAGCAUUAUCACGACGACAUUGCAAAAUUUCUUGGAGAUUGUCCCAAUAUGCAGGAGCUAGCGUGCAAGCGCACCAUCGGGCACCCUCCGGAUGAACCUCUGCCCAAAAACUAUCUACCCAACUCGCAGUACUUCGCAAAGCUACACCAGCAAGACCUUCAGAAUAGAAUGCAUCGCAAAUCAAUCUCAGCUCCACACGCCCCAAGCAUUUCAACGCCAACCCGUCACGAGGGCUCGGACAGUUUCUUGAUGUCUACAACUGCUGACGAUUCCUCCAAGCUUCUUGAAUCCUCUAUUUCUGAUUCAAUCGUCGGAUCCAGCACCGUACCUUCGAGUCCAGCCGUAGCGAGCCCCUCCUUCGUUCAUUCCACUGGCGAUGAAAUGUCCAUGCCUCUGAUUGAAGAGCAGCAAAAAUCAGCGCCACAGCUCCAACCGCAAUCUCAUUCGAAAGUUGCGUCUCGCAAGACUGGUGAAAGAAAGAGCUCGAGACAGAGGCUGCAAAAGAAAUACGUCACGGCGAGUACGUCAAACGUUUUCGACAACUCGUUCCACAUGACAGAUUUUGAAGAAACCAGACAUUCCUUCAAUGGAACCCCCGAACAUCACAAGGUCACAAAAAAAGCAAAGUUGUCCCAUCCAACCUUUGUUCAAGACCCCAAUUUGGACGGGAACACAACCAGCAGCGUGCCGGAUCAACCUCACAGCCAAAGUCCGAAGUACAUACAGGAAAAUGGCGAAGUGAUCAAAAUUGUUCGAAUGCGAUCGGAAGAGAUCAUCAAUUGUAUUUGCUCAUUUGGCGAGGAAGACGGUCUAAUGAUACAAUGCGAGUUGUGCUUGUGCUGGCAGCACGGCAUCUGCAAUGGGAUCGAAAAGGAGAGCCAAGUUCCCGAGAAAUAUGUCUGUUAUAUUUGCAAGAAUCCAGCCUUGGGCCGCGCAAGUAUGAAAUAUGUCCACGAUCAAGACUGGCUGUACGAAGGCAGACUACCGACAGGAAAUUAUCACGCCUCGAACCCUAAGCUCCAAGAUCGGUUCAAUAUGUUGCGUACUAGUCACACACUAACAGGAAACCUGAUUGAGUUGAAACGAUUCCUACACAGCUUACGCGUGAAGAUCAACAUAGCCGAGAAUAAGGAUCAUCCGAAAAUGUACUUGUGGGCGAAGAAAUGGGAAAGCUCUCCGCCCCGAGCUGUGGAACGAAAAGUUGAGAAGUUUGAAGAUAUUGAAGCAAUCAAUCCAGAUAAAAAGGAAGCAAGUGAUGCGGAUGUCAAGGAAGAGUUAGAUCGGGAAGUCGGAGGAGACGGGCAGGCAGAGGUCAAAGCGGAAGGGGAGAAUGCUGGCGCUUCCGAAUGUGUUGAGAAGAUGGAAACGGAGGAUAAGCAACAACAGUCUCUGGAAAAACCAAAGGAGGAGAUUAAAGUUGCACAACAACCAAACAUCCCUCAGCCGGAAGCUGCUAUUGAUCCGGUUGAGUGUCAGUUGCGGUUAUUGGAGCAUAUACAAAAGCAACAGUCGUUGGUGGUGGAGCGAUUGCAGGAUAUCGAAUCGGAUAUUGUUGAAUUGGAAUCGCUUGACCCUUCCAAUAAUCUGGACACCAACGAGUUCUCACGAACCAAACAGACCUUAGCAAUACUAAUUAAGGAUCUCGAAAUCAUGCAAAAUAUCGCAAAAAUCAAUACAGUACCUCCAACUAGUUAUGUACCCUAUGCUUAGAUAUUCAUUAUUGCCAUACAUUCUCCCCCUAAUUCCCCUCAUCAUCCUCAUACUUUUUGUUUAUACAAACACAUUUCCAUUAUUAAUUCCUCCAUUGAAAUAUAAAUUAGGAUAUCUACAAAACUUUUUGUGAUGAUUCAUAGCGAACUAAGUUUGUUUGAUCUUUAAAAGAUUCAUUUUCUUAUAGGAUUUUCUGAUCAAGUCGUUAUCAAUUAUGUGUACGUAUGGAUGCGUAGUUAUUUUUUAGAAUAAUAAUUAAAAUAAAUCUUGUUUAUUCAACAGCACUUAAAA